AUGUUCAAAUUGUUUCUUUCAUUGGCCGUCCUCUGCUGCGCGACAGCUUGCUUCGGUCAGACAUUUCAAUACUCCCACGGAUGGACCAAUGGCAAGCGGGCAUUUAAUGCGCACAGAGAUGACGACACUCCAGAAAUUUUCGGCAUUCAACAAGAUGGUGAUCGCAAAUUGGAAAGGUGUGUAAUGCAGCUGCAACAAUUACUUCGCAAUCCUCUGCGAAUUCGUGCGGCUGUCCAAUCAUUGACUCCGACAAGCUACAUCAACAACAACCCAUUCGGAAAUCAUCAUCAAUCAAAUGAACUGUACGAAGAGCUGAACGCUGCUGAAACGAACGAUUAUGGAAAGCAUUAA